AUGUCGAACGCAACAAGGGGAGGGUGCCCUGCACCUUUCCUAAGCGAACGGGACUACGGCCUUGGUGGAUACAUUGGUGGUCGUUACUGCACCCAUAUAUCGAAACAAGACCCGGGAUUGAGAUGUUGUCUCCCUUGUCCCGCCACCGACUACAUAUACUCAGAGACAUUCAACAGCUCAUAUAAGGUGGUAGAAGGCAUGAAUGUUCUUGGCCUCAUCUGCCUCCUGUAUUUGUUACUUUCAUGGAUACUCUUGCCCGUUGAAAAGACCCGGCGGCACUACCUCAGCGUGUGCCUGGUCAUUGGCGCUAUAAGUCUCUCUCUCGGAUUUGUGAUACCGUUGGCAGCGCAACCGGAUCAAUGCUUCGAUGAUAUUACGCCUCACGACAUGUAUUCCAGUAUGGAAUGCGCUUGGUCUGGCGCGUUGAUCGUUGCCGGCGGUCUGUCCGUUGGCAUGUGGAUCUUCAUCAGAGCGCUGUCAAUGCACCUGCAGAUCUGUUGGGACGUCACCCCCGGCGACAAGUUCUUUUACGCCGCACAAGGCCUGGGCUGGGGCAUCAUCGCGGGCCUCUUCACGGCCACCAUUACAGUCACGGGAGUUUCCUUCCGGUUCGGAGACGCAUGUCACGUCAACUCGGACCACUCCAUGGACGGCUUCUGGGGUCCUUUGUUGGGGCUUGCGGGCCUGUCGACCAUCGUCCAGCUUGCCACUUUCGGCUAUUGCAUCAACGUCUACCUUCGGAACAUGUGGGCCGAUGAGGGGGAUACUAGUACGCAGAACAGCAACGGCCUGCCGUCCUAUGCCUCCAGCGUGCGCACGCGCAAAAACUCCACUCGUGCCAUCUACAACAGAGUCACCAAAGUCCUGUGGCUUCAAUGGCGAGGAAUCAUCAUUGUUAUCUUCUUCCUCGCUGACGUCAUCUUCUUUUCGGUCGUCUUCGUCUACCUGGAUGGCAAGGAGUCAUCUUCCAUGAACAACCUGGACGAGAUUAUGCCUUGGCUGGUCUGCUUGGUCCACCACCCGACGGAGACAGAUCAAUGCUAUAGCAUCGCACAGCACAUGCUGGUGAACCAGGACACCGUCCUGGCCGUUCUGGUUAUGCUUUCGCUCUUCGGUUUCCAGUGCAUGCUUCUUCUAGCACGGUGGUCUAUGGUAGUCGGCUGGGGCGAGUGGUUCCGCAAUCAGAUCAACCUGAACCGAGAAUUUCUCUCGCUCGACGCGAACCGGAACUCAGUGGACGACCGGGGCCACGAGCUAGGCAAGGUGGAAUCGCAAUCGCCGUACCCGGAAACAUUGAAAACGCCCGACACGGCCGUCACCAGCCCGUCGGAAACCCUGUCCGUCAGCCCCUCAAGCACCGUCAAGCAGAACUUUCUGGGGAAAGACCUCCAAAGAGCGUACCACACGCCCGUGCAGAGCUUCUCUGCUCCGCGAGCGCCAUCCGCCAUGGCCGUCACCCGAAUAGACUGGGAUCCGACGACCACGUUUGCAAGAGGAGGCCUGGGGCUCCAUCCGGUGCAAAGCCAAGGAGACGCGGCCAAGGCGGAUAAGAAAUGA